AGCACAAAGCGAACUAUUCUUUCGCCUUUUAUUAAAGAAUACCGUGUGCUCUCCACGCGCUUUAAGUGGCAUACGCCUAUAUUUGGAGGGUUCUCACUUCACCGUGAGUCCCAGCAACCAACUCUAGUCUGAAUAGUUUAAUUUGCCCGUUAUUGGUCUCAGGUCUCUAAGCCCAGUAUGAUUUGUAUAAAUUGAUACAAAAUAUGAAAUUGUUUUUGUUCUAAAGAAGUACAGGAACGAAACAAGGAUAUAUUUUUUGUGUAUAUAUGCUGCAAAGUUGAACAACGACGUUGAGCAAGUGGAGCAUUUAAGGUGGAAACAACUCGUCCUUAGGUUGUUGUCUGUAUCUCGUUUUAGAUUCUCUCCAGCAGCAGCUAUGAACCUCUUGGUUGUCCUUUCAGCUGUCUUCUUCCUCGUUAUCUCCGUCGCCUAUCUUCCUCUGCUCAGUGACUUAUAUUGGUCAGCUCUCAAGUCUCUUCUUACACCACCGGUUGGUAUCGUUGCGGAUUUGUUAGUGAGAAAUGGAACAAUCUUCACCAGCGAUACUUCUUUGCCGUUUGCUGAUUCCAUGGCGAUUCGUAAUGGCAGGAUCCUUAAAGUCGGAAGCUUUUCAACUCUCAAGGGUUGUAUAGGAGAUGGAACUAUUGAGGUGAACUUGGAAGGCAAAGUUGUAGUGCCUGGACUUAUUGAUUCACAUGUUCAUUUCAUUUCUGGGGGAUUGCAGAUGGCCCAAGUUGGACUUCGUGGAGUGAGUAAAAAAGAUGAGUUUUGUAAACUGGUGAAGGACGCUGUGCAGAAUGCACAAGAAGGCUCAUGGAUUCUAGGUGGUGGAUGGAACAAUGAUGUUUGGGGAGGAGAAAUGCCCUCUGCAUCAUGGAUUGAUGAAAUCUCCCCUCAUAAUCCUGUUUGGUUGAUUAGGAUGGAUAGUCAUAUGGCAUUGGCAAAUUCCCUUGCGCUUAGGAUGGCUGGUGUUACCAGUUUAACGGAAGAUCCAGUUGGUGGAACUAUAAUGAGGAUGCCUAGUGGCGAGCCGACAGGUCUUUUGAUCGAUGCGGCUAUGGAGCUUGUCACUCCCUGGGUUAAAGAAAUCUCAGUAGAUGAACGUAGGGAAGCACUUUUUAGAGCUAGCAAAUAUGCUUUGACUAGAGGCGUAACAACUGUUGUUGAUCUUGGAAGAUACUUUCCUGGCACUACGGAUGAGCUCUCCUGGAAAGACUUUCAAGAUGUCUAUCUAUGGGCUGAUUCCUCGAAGAAGAUGAUGAUACGGACUUGCUUGUUUUUCCCGAUAACGACAUGGUCACGUUUAAUGGAUCUUAAGCUUCAGAUGGGAUCUGCACUGAGUGAAUGGUUGUAUCUAGGUGGCGUCAAAGCAUUUCUUGAUGGCUCUCUAGGUUCUAACAGUGCACUUUUUUACGAGGAAUAUAUUGAUACACCUGGGAAUUAUGGGUUAUUAGUGAUGGAUCCUGAGAAACUUUCCAACUUCACAAUGGCAGCAGACAAAUCAGGGCUUCAGGUUGCUAUCCAUGCAAUAGGCGACAAAGCUAAUGACAUGGUCCUUGACAUGUACGAAUCGGUUGCUGCAACUAAUGGAGACCGAGAUAGAAGAUUUAGGAUUGAGCAUGCCCAACAUUUGACACCAGGAUCAGCCAACCGGUUUGGUCAACUUCACAUUGUAGCUUCAGUUCAACCGGAUCAUUUGCUUGAUGAUGCUGAUUCUGUUGUUAAGAAGCUCGGUUCUGAGAGAGGCCUAAGAGACUCUUAUCUAUUCCAAUCUCUCCUAAAUGGCAAUGCACUCUUGGCACUUGGUUCAGACUGGCCUGUACGUUUUCGAUAUAAUCUCCACAUACAAAUUUUUUACACUCUUAAAUUGCAAUGCACUCUUAACUUUGUGAAUUUUUCCCGCCAGGUUGCAGACAUUAACCCGUUGAACAGUAUUAGAACCGCGGUGAAACGAAUACCUCCCAAGUGGAGUCACGCUUGGAUUCCAUCUGAACGCAUCACUUUUACCGAUGCGCUUGCUGCGGUCACGAUAUCAGCUGCACGAGCAGUGUUUCUGGAUCAUCACAUAGGGUCUUUAACUCCUGGGAAGCUUGCGGAUUUUGCUGUUUUGUCAACAAGUUCGUGGGAUGAGUUCUCGAAAGACGGCUCUGCUUCAGUGUUUGCAACUUAUGUAGGAGGAAAGCAAUUGUACCCAUGAAUGAUGAGAUCUUUAAAAUCUUAAUUAGAAACUAAGAAUUGUAUGAUUGUCAACAAAAAAAAAAAAAACUAAGAAUUGUAUUAAUUCCCAGUUUUUUUAGGCGUAGUGGAAAUGUAUAUUGGUAUGACAUUUGGCUUCA